AAGAGCUGCUCGUUCAUCGCACUUUUCUUGGAACAUGGACUCGUCAGAUUGGCCAUAAAGCACAGCAAUGGCCAAAGCGUCCUCUUACCUCACCACCAUAGAGUGAACGAUGCAAAAAGACAUGUCGUUGAAGUCGGUAUGACCCACAACAACGGCGUUCAAACGUACAGCUUGGUCUUGGAUGGUCAAACACCGAUCAUAGUGAGCAGGCAGGUGAAUAGGAGACACGUCUUCAAAAUAAAGGAAUCCAAACACUACUUGGGGGGCGUUCCACCUACGUUCAAUAGGUUGUGUGUUCCCAUCAACAGUACGUCGCUGUUGGGAUUCCUAGGACAAACUUCGCAGAAGGAGAAGCUCACGAAUGAGACUAUUUCUUAUGGGGUGGUGAAAACUAAGCAUGAAGCAAUAGACUUCAGUCAAGUGUGGAUCCACCAGAAUGGGCACAUGGACAUUAACACGCCCAUGGAAAAGAUCAACAGCAUCAGCUUCAUCCUGAGACCUACCAGCUCAGACGGACUCAUCAUGAAAUUCCUCAAGAAUAAUAAUAAUGAAGACAAUUAUAUAGCACUCAGCGAGCUGAAUAUUGUCAUCAACGGUUUAAGAUAUGAUAGUACGAGUCUCAUUUUGAACGACUACAACAACGUUGAAUUGAACUUUGCCAAGAACAAGAAAGAAUUGACAAUUAAUGGCAAGACUGAAGAUUUGAAAGGCAGAGGAAGAAUCGGUGUGGACUGGAUUCAAAUCGGAUCAUCAGACAAGGGUUUCAGUGGAGGAAUUCGGGAUAUUUUGAUAAAUGACAGAUUAUUAACUUUCAACGAAACAUCAGUUAGAGGAUUCUCCAACGUGGAAAUAGGCAGAGAGAAACCUCUUCCAAAAACCAACAUCUACGUGAAAAGUUUAACCAUGCUCAAAUUGACAAACACCAUGCAAAACACGGAGAGAUGCGUGGAACUCAACAGUUACGAAACAAUGAAUGAUUCUGUAAAAUUUGGUGACAAGUUCAACAGCUACACUCGCAUCAGAACGAAUUUCUGGAGAACAAACUAUUUGCUACAGUUGGACUUCAGAACGGUGUAUCCCAAUGGAGUGAUAUUUAUAACAAGCAACAAGAAAAUGAACUACAUAUUCUUGGAGUUGAAAGAAGGCCAGCUGAGGUUGAACAUACGUGGGAGAAAGAAGAGGAUCAAAACCCUGCCGAUAGCAUCCCAACAAAAGCUGAAUGACGGUGACUGGCAUAACAUACGGCUAACAAAGAAGUUGAAGAAACUUUCAAUCAUUCUUGACAAGGAAUCCAAACCCAGUAGAAUUAGUGUGGGAAUCAAACCAAGGGACGAGAUAUACUUCGGAGGAGUACCAUCCAAUUCGGAAUACAUGAUGCUGAAGGAUUUGAAAACCAGACUCCAUCCUUUCCGAGGUUGUAUGAAAUCACUGAAAAUCGACAACGAGGAGAAUAUUUUUUCGAAAAAUGGUAAAGACGUAAUACAUUCAAAUGUCGCCCGUUGUUUCUCGAAUGUUGAAGAAGGAGCAUAUUUUGCCGGAGAUUCUUACGCUAUAUACAAGGAAGACUUCCAAGUAAGCGAAUUGCUGGAACUCAGCUUCGAAUUCCGCACCUCAGAACAAAACGGCAUUCUCCUGAGCGUUUCAAAUCACGGCGACUAUCCAGCUCUAUCGGUGGAGCUACAGAACGGAGCUAUGGUCAUGGCAGUCAACAUAGGAAAUGGAGUAGUAUCAAACGUGACCAAUAAUCUCGAUUCGGACUUCUCGCUGUGCAACAACAGAUGGCACAACGUGACUGCCCUGUAUUCCACUUUCGAACUCACGGUCAAUGUGGAUGGAAUCAGGAAGAGCUGGGUGCAAUCUGAUAUCAAUUCCACUAUGGAUGAGAUGGAAGCGCCUUUGUAUAUUGGUGGAUUGCCAGAUGAAGCGCCAAUUGGUACCUUAAAAUCCGGAACAAAUUUCAAAGGCUGCAUAAGGAAGUUGAAAAUAGAAAACCACGUGAUGGACUGGUCAGAUAUGAAAGAACUGAACAACGUUUCUUUGAAUUCAUGUCCAACAGAUCACAGCUAGAGAAAAAAUUGUUGGAGGUGUUCAUAUGUCAGUUUCAUGUUUGUAAGUUUUCUCAAAAAAGUAAAUUCAAAGGUAAGGUGAAUUGGGCAAAAUAUUGAAUAUAAUGCAACUCCCUGAGCUCAACACAAUAGGGCACUUUUCAUAGACGAUUGAGGACAAGGUACUUUUUUGAGAUAAUCUGCAAGUAAUUACAAGACUAUGGAGUCGACUUAUUGUAAUAACCAAACCAAACGAAAAUCGAUAGUAUUAUAUACCGAAAUGUAUUAUAAAACCUCAUUGUCAUUACAAAUUGUACAUAUCUAAUGUAUAUAAUUAUUUAAUUUUCAAAAAACUGCCAUAGAUUAGUAAGUGUAGGUAAUGUAAGUAGUUUAUGUGGAUUAUUUGUAUAUAUUUUCGUAAAGUGUUUUUUUUUCGACGACGUCUUUGAGUUGAUCGCUGACUUACUAUAAUUUAUUAUGGUCUUCAGUUCGGGAAUUUCAGCUGU